AAAUUAUUGAUAACAACUGAGUAUAAAUAAUGAGAAGCAAAAAUAUUAUAUUUAUAUAAGGUUUAUCAGCUGAAGAAGUAACAAGUGUUUGUUGUGAUUUUUUAUUAAUAUUAGAGACAAAAUGUUGUUCUUACCUUUGAGUUUAGUAGUAGUAGGCUUAGUACUAGCUUGGUACCUAAUAGGGAAACGCAAUGAGAACUACUGGAAAAAGCGUGGUGUGAAAUUCUACAGCAAAAAUAAAGUGAUUGGACCUUACUGGGACUAUUUCAUAACGCAGCGUGCGCUUUUUGAGGUUUUAACAGACCUGUACAAGAAAUAUAGACAUGAACCAGCAAUCGGUAUUGGUCAAAUCUUAACGCCAGGACUGUUUGUCAUCGACCCGAAAAAUGUGCAGCAGGUUCUAUCAGGAGACUUCCAGUCAUUUAACCACAGAGGAAUGGAAAGUAUUGAAGGGGAGCAACUGUCCGAAAAUAUUCUUAUGUUGAAUGGACCAAAAUGGAAGCUGAUGAGGCAGAAUAUGACUCCAUUAUUUACGGCAAACAAAUUAAAGAAUAUGUAUUACAUCAUGGACAAAAGUGCUCAAGACUUCGUUAAAUAUUUGAAAAACAACCCUAAGACGCAUGAAGGUAACUUAUUCGAAACGCUUAUGAUGUUCUGUAAUGCUGCUGUUUGUGGAGCUAUCUUUGGCAUUGGAUCAGAGUCAAUUUUUGAUACACCUUUCCUGAAAAUGGCUAAAAAUAUAUCACAAUCCAAUUUUCAUAUGAGAAUGAAAUUUGUUAUUUAUAGUCUCAGUCCAAAGUUGUACAAAUUAUUGAGAUUACAAGCUUUCAAGGAGAUUGAAGAAUUUUUCAUUGGUUCCAUAAGUCAAGUGAUGAAAUCAAGAGAACAAGACAGUGUAAAGAGACACGACUUCGCGGACAUUGCUCUAGCUAUACAGAAGAACGGCACCAUGAGAGACCGUACAACGGGAUACGAGAUAGAGCCUACGACCGGUAUACUCUCUGCACAGGCUUUCUUCUUUUUCAGUGCUGGUGUAGAACCUUGUGCUAAUGCGAUAUUUUCAACAUUAAUUCUCUUGAGCAGUCACCCAGAAAUACUAGAAAAAGUGCACAAAGAAAUUGAUGAACACUUUGAAAAGCACCAGAACAACAUAACUUACGACGUUAUAUCUGAGAUGAAGUAUACUGAUAAGAUGCUGAGUGAAGCUAUGAGAAUAUUCCCUCCAAUUGGUCACUUGACUAGACAGUGCGUUCAAAAUACAGUUCUGCCUGUUGGCAAUAUUCCAGUAGAGAAAGGAACAAAAAUGUUUACUCCGAUUUAUGCUAUUCAUCACGACCCAGAAUUAUACCCAGACCCAGAAGUGUUCGACCCGGAGCGAUUCUCCAAUGAAAGGAAACCCAAAGAUAGCAUUUACAUGCCAUUUGGAAUGGGUAACAGGACAUGCAUCGGCGAGAGGUAUGCCAAAUUGCAAGUCCAGGCCGGUUUAGUGCACGUCUUAAGAAACUUCACUGUUAAACCACAGAAACAUGUGAAGGUAACAUUUGCUCACGAUCCACUUAAUGUAAGACCGAGAAAUUGCGAUGUCCAACUAAUUCCUAGAAAUGUCUAAUCGGUGUCCUAAAUGUGCUUUCAUUGAUCCUAAUAUUACAAAUGGUUGUGGUUAGCCUAGUGUCAUCACUUGAUUGAUUCACACAGAAAUUGCUCUGUAUAAGCAAGUAAGAGACACAAUGAUGUAAUAUGCUAUUCUAACAAGUGUUCAACAGUGGGAAGAAGGCAUCUAACGUCAAUGUCUGGUAAUGUGAUGGCCUAGUCGUAGUGGUUUAAAUAAUGUAUUCAAUUGGUUAUUUCAACUUGGAAUCAACCUAUUAUUAUAACAAUAGCUUUUAUAUUAUAAUCAAUGAUUUUAUAGCAAGGCCAAGACGUUUAUUGUACUUAGUGUUUAAGACUAUUUUUACCCUGAAUAUAUUAUGUUUACAUUUUUAAUAAAAUAUUAUUCAUUGUAUCACUACUUAGAAGUUUUAUUGCGUAUCACACAAAGGUUA